UGCAAGCGCAGCUUGGAGUCUAUAUAUAAGAUGUGAGACGUCACAAUUCAUGCACACAUGAGCCAAAAAGAUCCAUCUGGUCUGUAGGCGAGACGGCACACAAAAAGGAUUUUGAACUGUCAAUCAGGACAAAGGAAGUCUGAACAGAACGCUACAAUGAAGGCCUGGUUUCUGCUGCUGCUGCUGCUGCCAGUCUGCUUUGCGGACUACAAAAUCCAGUGCUAUGGGGAGGAUUUCCUGAUGGUGAACCACCAGGUUCUGACGUGCACCAGUAAAGUACUUCAGGCGUGUUAUACCAGAUCAUCUGGAGAAAAGGGCUGUGCUAGACUGGAAUUCUGUCAAAGGCCAGGUUGGAAAUGCUGCCACACAAACCUCUGCAAUGCAUAAUUUCAACAACAGAGGGAGCUAGAGACUGAAAUCUGCAACAAUCAUGAGGAUUUAAAAGAAAAAAAAACGGAGAUGAUGACGUUCCUUAGUUUAAUUGACAUCACUUUUGAUCACUUUUGUUUAUUUUCUUCUCCUUUUACUGUUAAAAUAAUGCAUCAUAAUAAAUGAUUCCAUUAAUAAUUUC